UAAAAAACCUGGUUUCCUGUUUGUGACGCCUCCUUUUUGUCCGCUUCCGGUUUGCGUAUAAAUAGACUACCAGAUGAAAAUACGGUAGGCAGGCACCGUGUUUGAAUCACUCCUGCGCACAUAAUGGCUGUGUCCAUGAGUUCAACAUGUCCGGGCACAUACUGUGGCAGGAUGAUGGUCAACGGAUCCGUGGAGGGAGAGUGUGGCGUGUGUCCUCGCGGAGAGCGCGCCAACCUGCAGAAUGUUUGCGAGCGCUGCACUGAGGCCCCGGAGCUGUACGACUGGCUCUAUCUGGGCUUCAUGGCCAUGCUGCCCCUCGUGCUGCACUGGUUCUUCAUUGAGUGGUACUCUGGGAAGAAGAGCUCCAGCGCCCUGUUGCAGCACAUCACGGCCAUGUUGGAGUGCGGCGUAUCGUCCGUGGUCACCUUGCUGGUCACGGAGCCGGUGGGAAAGCUCAGUAUCCAGUCGUGUCACGUCCAGAUGCUGUCGGACUGGUACACCAUGCUGUACAACCCGAGUCCAGACUACGUCAACACACUGCACUGCACCCAGGAGGCCGUCUACCCGCUCUACACCAUAGUGUUAAUCUACUACGCGUUCUGCCUGGUGCUGAUGAUGAUGCUGCGUCCUCUGUUGGUUAAGAAGAUAGCGUGCGGUCUGGGCAAGUCGGAUCGCUUCAAGAGCAUCUACGCCGCACUGUACUUCUUCCCCAUCCUCACCGUGCUGCAGGCCGUGGGAGGAGGGCUGCUCUACUAUGCGUUCCCCUACAUCAUACUGGUCCUGUCUCUGGUCACACUGGCUGUUUACAUGUCGGCCUCUGAGAUACAGUCUUUUAAGAACCUGAUUGCCAAGAAGAAGCGUCUGGUCGUGCUGUUCAGCCACUGGCUGCUCCACGCGUACGGCAUCGUCUCCAUCUCCCGACUGGACAAGCUGGAGCAGGACCUGCCGUUGCUGGCCCUCGUGCCAGGCCCCGCCCUCUUCUACAUCGCCACAGCCAAGUUCACCGAGCCCAGCCGCAUCCUGUCCGAGGGCGGCAGCGGACACUGACGGACCCCAGCGGCGCCAACUGUUUUUACAGGUGUACAACUGUCAUCAGCGCCACCGCUAAACGGGUAGCAGUGGAUUACUGAACGUUGGGGGGGAGGGGACUACUUAAUGGUCACCGUGCUGUGCAGGUAUAUUAACAGUAAAGUGGAUGUUGUCCCCACAGGACAGGUGGUCUCUGAUCUGUUUCCGGUGCCGGUCAAUGUUGUUUUAUUAAUACUAUAUUUAUACUCUUCACUCUCAGCUGUUCACAUUACUUCAAAAUAUACUUCAUCAAAUAUAUUUAUCUCAACUACACAUCUGUAAAGUUUCACAACCUCUCAGUCGUGAAACUGUCCGCAGACAAAGUGCUGAAGACCACCUCUAUGGUGAGCCCUGCUACACGUGGUACCAUGAUGACACACACACACUGUGAAAUCAACACACGUCGUCACAGCUGGUAAUGACUAGAGAUGAUGCCUGUAAAUGACUCAUUUAGGUCGACAAACCACCACCCUGCGCUUCACCCACAGUGGCUACCAACGCCCAUCCACCUUUCUGGAGAUCCCCUCUUCACAUCCUACCUGCGUGUCUUGUAUUUAUUUGACAUGAGCCUAAAGUGUAGUUUAGUUUCCCAGUAUUCUAUUAGAAUACAUGCUCAUAUUUGUCUUAUGCUCUACGAGAAGAGAAGAACACCUGGAUGGGAAAUGCAUUUAAACUAUUUUAUGGCUCAGUGGACAGAAUGUACCUUUCCUUCUAACACACGGUGAUAUACGAGAGGCACAAACAUGUAAAUAGCAUCACCGCUUUGUAUUUAAUGAACUCAAUUCUGUUUUUACUUCGAUGAAAUACCCGAUAUUGUGCUGCUGUGUCCUGUUAAAGCUGCUAAUGCUAAUCUGUCAUGUAUAUUAUUGUAAGUGUUCUACAUGCACACAAGCUCAGAUUACAACCCCGGUGUGUAGCUGCCUGUGACGUCAUCAUGCAUCUGCUCCCCCCUCAACUAUUCCCACGAGUCGUCUUUGAGCCUCCUGAAGUCGAGCUGCUGCUGCAGGCAGAACAGUACAAGGUGAACACACUCAGUAUGAGGAGCCUUGUUAGCGUCAUGCCCUCUCUGUUUCCUUAUUUAUUUGCCCCUCUCUUGAGUGUCCAUUUUUAGAACCAAAGACAAUAUUAAAAAAAUUAAGUGACAAA